AAACAACAUCUGAGAAAACCUUAUCGUCUGCGAUAGUGGCUGCGUACUGUGCUACAUUGGAAGUGUUUAAGGAAAGUUGUACUAAAUAAUGGCUCGUUUCUUAAAAACUAAGUGAAAUGGAAGCGAUAGAGCAAAAUGGUUCAAUUGCAGCUCCAACUAACCUGACAGUCGACGACGUUGAUGUUGAUUUCUUACCACUUAUAUACGAUAUUAUUAGAAGUGUGGAACGUGAUCCUCAUGACUCGACACAGAAAACAAGAGAAUCUCAAGAUAUAAGCCAAAAAAUUUUGGAACUACAUAAGAAGUUUGAUGAAGCAAGAGCUCAGAACAUGGCUGGCUGGUGACAAAUCCACAACUGCACUCACCCUUGCAGUUCUUCAUCUGACUGAAACAACAUUCACACAUCUUCCUUCAGCUCACCAAAGAUGUGAAAAUCGGAUGGUGAAGGAUCCAAGCUUACAACCAAAUUGCUGGAGUGUAGGCUUCAUCCAAUUGGAGGUGGAGGGGGGAAGGUGGUGUUAUGCAACAGCGU